AUGUGUUUAUGCACAAGCUUAUGCAUAGGUGGGCAUGUAACAGGUGGUGGAUAUGGUUUCUUGAUGCGCAAGUUUGGUCUUGCUGCAGACAACGUUCUAGACGCAAAGAUCGUUGGUGCUAAUGAGCAAGACCAAGGGUUUAAGAUUCUUUCGAAGUGGCAACGAAUUGCAGUCAAGCUUGUUGGAGAGCUCUUGAUUCGAGUGUUGAUCAAAUUCGAUUUUGGGAACAGGACAGUGACAACAACAUACAAAGGUCAGUUUAUUGGCGAUAAAGGCACUUUAAUGGAGAUUAUGAAGAAGGGUUUUCCGGAAUUAGGGUUAGCUCAAGAGGACUGUAUCGAAAUGAGCUGGAUCGAGUCCAUUGUUUACCAUGCUGAGUUCUCCGACUGA